AUGUUCGUCAAUGGAUCUUCGUUCGCAUUCUGCAGAAAUCUAAAACUGAUAGUUCAUGAUGAUCAUCCAAUAUUCUGUGUUACAUCACACGAACUAUAUAUCAAGAGUUCUAUGACAGUUGUUUGUGUUUUUGGCCUUCAAGAAGAAAUAUAUGAAGUUAGUGAAGGUAUGAAGAGUUUUGAUGAACUCAGUCUCCAACUCUCUGAAUAUGACUAUUUGGCGAGGGAUUCCAACUAUAAUAAUGAAGAUUUGGUAAUGGUUCUUAAUUCAGAAAGAAUUCCUAUUCUAAAACUUCCUCAAUCGGUUAUUUCUCUUGAUGAAUCUGCAAUGAGUUAUUCAUUCUAUGCCCCAUUUUCAAUUAAUAAAACAGGUCAUAAGAUGAUUAACCCAACAAUGCGUUCUGAAAGAUUAGAUGCACUUCGAAUGAAUUAUGGUCCUGAUAUCUAUGUAUUAUACAAAGUUUUUACAACAGAAAUGACACCUGCUUCGUGGGAACAUAAUGUUCCAACAGCUGUAAAAAAUACAGACAAACUAAUAUUAAAUAGAGAUAGACUCAAUAGAUAUAGUGUUAUUGAUCGGAAGAAUUACAUUGAAUAUGAAUAUGUUGAAGUCGACGAAAAAGGAUGCGAAGUUCUAAUUAAUACCACUAGGAUAUUAGCUGAAUAA